GUUUCCAGAAUAAACAUGCACCCCGAAGUCUCGGAGCCCACGGCGGAGUGGGGAGAGAAACGGGACUGCGCGCAGGAGCCGGGUGUACCAGGCGUGGAGGAGUCUGCGGGUGACCACGGGAACGCAGGCCAAGGGGGCCGCAAGGAAGAAAUUAAUGAUCCUAAGGAAACAUGUGCAGGUCCUUCGGACAGUGAGCAGAAACAGAGUGGUGACAGCAGGUCAGAUGCUUGCUUAGCACACCAAAGAAAUGACCAGGAAGAUCAUGGCCCCAGAAUGACUAAAAAGUUCCUGCAAAAACUCUGCAAGCAACACAAGCUUUAUAUUACCCCAGCACUGAAUGACACACUGUAUUUACACUUUAAAGGUUUCGAUCGCAUCGAGAACUUGGAAGAAUACACGGGGCUGCGUUGCCUCUGGCUGGAGUCCAACGGAAUACAGAGAAUCGAGAACCUGGAGGCCCAAACCGAACUGCGUUGCCUCUUCUUGCAAGUGAACUUGCUUCAUAAAAUUGAGAACCUGGAACCUCUGCAGAAGCUGGAUGCUCUUAACCUCAGCAACAAUUACAUCAAGACCAUUGAAAACCUCUCCUGCCUGCCAGUCCUGAACACACUCCAGAUAGCCCACAAUCACCUAGAGACGGUGGAAGACAUUCAGCAUCUAAAGGAGUGUUUGAAACUCUGCAUCCUUGAUCUUUCGCACAAUAGGCUGAGUGACCCAGAGAUCCUGAGCAUUCUGGAGAGUAUGCCUGAUUUGCGUGUCUUGAAUUUGAUGGGGAACCCAGUUAUUAGGCACAUCCCUAACUAUCGAAGGACAGUCACUAUUCGACUGAAACACUUAACAUACCUGGAUGAUAGACCAGUUUUUCCAAAGGACAGAGCUUGUGCAGAGGCCUGGGCGAGGGGAGGGCACGCGGCCGAGAAGGAGGAGAGAGAGCAGUGGGAAAACAGGGAGCGGAAGAAGAUCACCGACAGCAUCGAAGCCUUGGCCCUGAUCCAGCGGCGGGCUGCGGAGAGAAAGCGGCAGGCAGAAAGCCGAGAGAAAGGGGAAGUGUCGGCGCCGGACGAGAAUGAGAAUGUGGAUGUCGCCGAGGAAGGGAAGGGAGAGCCCCCUGGGGAUGGAGAGAGGCAGAAGAAGAUGGAAAUGUUUGUCAAGGAAAGCUUCGAGGCCAAGGACGAGCUCUUCCCAGGAAAGGCGGGUGUCUCAGAGGCGCUGCCUGCACACGUCAACGCAGAGACUGAAGACAAGGGUCCAGGAGGGGUGUUCCCAGCGGAGGCCCCCAAGCCAGAAGCCCUGGGAGCUGCCUGGGAAGAAUCAGCUCCCCAGAUGGUGGCCACGGAGAGUGAAUCAGGUACAGAACUUCACGGAGAUGAAGAUUUGGAAACGAUUAUGCUGAAGAUGGAGGAGAAGUUCUACAUUGAUGACCUACCUGACUUGGAAGAUGUUGAUACAGGCGAAUCUUUGGAAGACCAGGACAAGAUGAGCUUCCCCAAGAUUACGAUCAUCUCAAGCUUGAGUGACAACAGUGACCCUGAACGGGACUACACCUCACUCCCGGUGCUGGACAACACAUCCACACACGCGCUCUCAAACAUAUUCGCCAUCUCCAAGGACAGCUCCAGAAAGGCUGAGACGCCCUUUACACACAUUUUUAAAGCAGCAGCAGAGAGGGACCUGGAGACCCAAAGUAGGGAUCCCAAGUCCCCACACCUGCUGAUUGAGGAGCUCAACAGUGACGAGCCUUUGGGCCAACCACCGACACCCCCAACCUGCAGAAGGGACACUGGACCACCGCCUUCCAGUGAGGACGGGUGUGGCGACCUACUUUUGGCGUCUCCUCCAGGUAAUAGCACCGAGGAUGAAGAGCGCUCUGAGACAGAGCCCGAGGAGCAUGCAGUGCCCGAGGCGGGAGACGAGGAAGACAUUGAAUUUGGCUUGGACUGA